UACGACUACGUUUAAGCAGUACUGCAAUUGCAUCUUUAUACAAAGAACUAAUUCCUCGACAACAACAACUCAAUCCCACCACAAUGGCAGACGUCAAGACCAUCGUGGUCCUAGGUGCAGGCCCUGCCGCCCUUCCGGUGAUCCGUCAAACAAUGGUCAACCAAGUCAUGAAGCGCAAAGAUCUCAAGAUGGUCGUCAUUUCACCCAAUACUCACUUCCACUGGCCUGUCGCCAUGCCUCGUGUCGUUGUCCCCGGCCAAAUCUCCGACGACAAGGUUAUCAUUCCCUUGGAACCUACCUUCAGCACUUACCCUUCCGACAAGUUUGAGUGGAUUCAAGGCAAGGCUAUUUCUCUUGACACCACUUCCAACCUUGUCAGUGUUGAGCUUAACAGCAGUGCUACUGUUCGUGAGGUCAACUACCACACUCUUGUCAUUGCUACUGGCUCGAGAACGAGGGAUGGUCUGAUCUGGAAGGAUAUCGGAUCUACUGAAGCUACCAAGGCGAAGUUGCAUGAAAUCCAAGAUCAGAUCAGCAAGGCCAAGACUAUUGUUGUUUCUGGUGGUGGUCUUACUGGCUCCGAGACUGCCGGUGAGCUCGGCUUUGAGUACUCUCAGCACGGAACCAAGGAGGUUAUCUUCAUCUACUCUGACGAUCUGCCUCUUGCGCCCCCCGCGACAGAUGGAGUUCGCAAGCAGACCCUCAAGGAGCUCAAGAAGCUCAAGGUCAAGACAAUGCCCAAGACAACUGUCAUCAGUGCAACACCCUCAGGAUCAGAUACCAUCCUCGAGGUUCGCUCCGCCGACGGAACGACCAAGAAGAUAACCGCAAAUGCUUAUCUCCCUGCUACUGGCACCAUUCCCAAUACCGAAUUCGUUCCCAAGAACCUUCUCGACAGCAACGGCUACGUCAAGCAGACCACCCAUCUUAAAGUUGAGGGCCAAAAGAACAUCUUCGUCAUCGGAGAUGCUGGCAACCUCGAGAACUCACAGCUCGGCAUGGCGGACAAACAGGCACAACAUCUUUUCAAGAAUCUUCCCACUCACCUCGAUGGCGGCGAAUUUCCUGAGUAUACUCCUGCCAAUAAGCCAAUGUUUGCUGUGACCCUUGGUCGAAGCCGGGCGACUGGCCAGAUGGGUACCAUGAAGCUGUUUAGCAUCAUGAUCUGGUGGGUCAAGGGACGAUACCUGGGUACUGAUUAUGCUGAUGGUUGGGCGGCUGGUAAGAGGACUAUGAUGACGGUUUUUGAGAAGUAGGGUUGUUGCUUGAGGUGUUGUGAUAUCCAGGUAUUUGUUUAGUGUUGAGAUUCCCCUGUGUUUUUACCAUUCUAUAGAUUUCAUAUUUAAUUAAUAAUCACUGAAACAAAA